GCUAAGAAAUGCCUUACAAACCAUCAUCGGUUGUAACCACCGUCAACCUUUCGUUGACAGUGAGUCUCCUUAUUUGUGUUUUAGUCACCCACAACGCCCACGCAUCCCAGAAGCACAAAUUUUGUGGCCCGAAACUGUCUCGUGCACUUGCCCAGCUUUGCAAUGCCUACCCCACACUUCCGCCACCGCCCAGUAAGCGGCCCAGCAGCACAGCAGAAAUGAACAUGCACGACUACCAUUUGCCGGAAUGGUCUAACGUAGAGGAGCAGCCAAUGGUAAAUUGGAUCUCUGCAGUGAUGAGAUUCAAGAACAGACCCAAUUGGAUGAAAACUCUGUAUCCUAAGCGCGAAACUAACAGCAACAUGUUCGAAGAACGCAUGAGUGCAAUGAUUCCAGAUCGAUUUCUGCUCGGCAAACGUGGUAACAUCGUCGAAGAAUGUUGCCGGCGAGGUUGCACCUAUGAAUAUUUGUUGAAAAAUUACUGUGCCUAAUUUCUUCCUUGUUGUAUUCUGUAGUAACCAUUUAUUUUAGGCCUAAAGAAAAUUUCACGCAUAAAACUCCAAAUCAUUUAAAAUAAAUCGCAUCAAAGAACGUGAAAUGUAAUCUAUUAACAAAGUUGAUGUAGCAAAUUAUACAAAAAAUUCAACAACUUUUAACAAUUAUUUAUUUAUUAUACAGAUUAUGCUCAAUGGUCUCGAAGUAAACUGUAACUUAAUCUUCAUGAACACUCCUCCACCUACAUUGAUACAUUUUAUAAGAAAAGCGUAAUUUUUUGACGUACCUUAAUAUUCACUUAUAAAUAUGUAUUUUACCAGACUUCGCAUCUGCAUAGCAAAGUAUCCAUCGAAUUAAGAAUUGUUGAAAUGCUGGUUUGAUCAUCAGGUUUGAAAGCUGACUAAUGUAUAUCUACGUAUAAAUCAAAGACGAAAA